CUUGCCGUGUGUGUAUGUGCGCGCAUGCGUGUGUGUAUGCGCGCGCAUUAUCUUUCCACGCCCAUUUUUAAAGUUUGCGGAAGUUGUCACCAUCGUACGAUCAAAGUAGAAGGCUUGUGAAAACCGACGUGAUUCGCUUUAGCGCAAUAGAUGGACCUUAGUGCAGAGAAGAUACAGCGGAUACUCUCAAAGUACAAAUUCCGGGAUGUCGCUAUUGAGGAGUUGCAGAAAAUCCAUCGGGUAUACCCUGGGAUGAGACCAGUUACAGGCACAUAUACUUUCAGUGACAGCACUCAGAAGGAUCUUCUAAAGUUAAUUGGCACCGUCCCUGUCAAAUAUGAUGGGCGCUCCUACAACCUACCCAUCCAACUGUGGCUAAUGGACUCCUUUCCCUUCACACCUCCCAUAUGUUUGCUUAGACCAACCCCCAACAUGAUCAUUAGGGAAGGCAAGCACGUUGAUGCCAGAGGACGGAUCUACCUACCAGGACUGCACAACUGGGAUCAUCCCAAGUCAUCUGUGGUGGGUCUCCUGGCUGAAAUGAUCUCCAAGUUUGAGGAGGAACCUCCACUGUCCUCAAAGAGCACAGGAGACAACAGCAAUCCACAUGCGCUUCUGGCGUUUGUCUCUAGUCUCCAAAUCAAUGAAGUUUCAGGUGGGGUUCGGCACCAUGAUCAACCAAUCAAUAAAGUCUCUGUCAUUGGUGGAGGUGACUUAGGAAUGGCAUCAGUGAUGAGCAUUUUAGCCAAAGGCAAAGUGGACAAACUUGUUUUGAUUGAUGUCGCGGAAAGUUCAACCAAGGGUGGUAGUGUUGAUCUGGAGAUUUUUAACCUGCCCAACGUUGAGGUUUCCAAAGAUUUGUCUGCCUCUGCAGGUUCCAGGGUAAUUGUGGUCACAGCAAAUGCAUGGAGCAGCGAUCAGUCAUAUGCGGGUGUGGUCCAGACUAACGUAGACCUGUACCGGGGAAUUAUUCCUGGCUUGGCUCGGCUCAGCCCUAAUGCCAUGUUGCUCAUUGCUUCACAGCCAGUGGACAUCAUGACCCAUGUUGCCUGGAGACAGAGCGGCCUGCCCCCGACACAAGUGAUUGGAGCAGGGUGUAACCUGGACUCAAAACGACUCUGUCAUGUUCUGGACAUUAACCUCAACUCACACAAACCAGCCUGGGUCAUCGGAGAACUUUCUGACAACAGAGUUGCUGUGAUGAGUAACAUUAGGCUCAACUCCAGCCAGCAGCCAGAGAUUGCUGCAGGCUCCAACUCCACAAAACCGUUGUUAGAUAGGGCAUUUGAAAUGAUGAAGAAUCGAGGCCAGCGGUCAUGGUCAGUAGGACUGUCCAUUGCUGACAUUACCCAUAGUAUCCUGAUGGAUAGGAAGAAGACCCACUCUGUCUCUACACUGGCUCAGGGCUGGGGAGGCAUUGGCACGGAGGUGUUUCUCAGCCUACCAUGUAUCCUGGGAGCAAAUGGUUCUACGCGUCUGGCUGGAGUCCCUCUGGGACAGGAGGAAGAUUCCAGGCUGAAGGAGAGCGUCUCCUCCCUCUCUAACCUCAUGACUCAGCUUAGGAUAUGAUCACAUUCCUAGGUCUGAAAUCACCUGUCUGAAUGAGGCUAACUGACAAGGCAGUUCUCCACUCUGCACACCAUCAGCAGAGGUCCCUUAUCUACAUUGAAGUUAAAAGCAGUUUCAUUUCAUUACCUCAACUGAGGAUUUGGAAGCGGUGAUGUCUCAAAAAUGCAAAAUGUAACCUUUGAUUUCUUCCUUAAUGUCUUUUGAUAUAGUCUGUUCACAACUAGAUUGAUGCAUGCAGUGGUUAUCUUUGUAUGGGCUCAAAAUCCCAUUUAACUUUCUAAAGUUAAUACUAAUAAUGUAUAAAUCUUAACAUACUACAUGAAUGAAAACUUCUGGGCGGACAAGGUACCGUUACAAUAAUUACAAAGAUCAUGAAAUACUAUGCAGAAGGGAAGUUGGUGUUAUUUUAAACCUAACACUAUUGCUCAUCAGGAGGCCAAUUUAUUUUUGUCAGAAAUGAAAACGCCUAGUCCCGACUUCCUUUUUUUGACCGAAGACAAAGUUCUGUGUGUAAGACUGUGCAAAUGCAUUGAUAAUGCAACUUUUCAACAUAGGACCUCAAAUCAUUUGACCAAAAUUAUGUUGGUUGAAAUGUAUAGUGCAUAAAUUCUUUAUGGUACAGGAUACUGGUGAAAAGGCAUACAGUAUUGCCUUCUCCCUAGUGGACAACAGCUUCUGUAAUGGCCUUAUUCUACUUGCACACUAGAUGGCUUAUAUUUUUGGUGUAUAAAAACAGCUUUUAAGGUGCCUUAGCAUGUAGUAUUUGUCUUAUUUCUGAAAGAAACUGCACUUAUGGAAAUGAAGUGAUGUACAUACAGUAUGUAAUACUGAACAAAUUUGAGGGUGUGCAAUAAACAUGUGAGUAACCAGUCUAGU